CUCAUUGUGGAUACCUCAUGUGACAAGCCUGGUAUCUUUUUAAAGUCAGUGUGACUAAAGACCCUCUCUGCUGCCUUCAAACCUUUGGAGAGGGCUUGCCUUCCCGCAUUCAUAGUAUGGGAGCACCUGCCGGUUCUAUGAUAAGGAAAUGGCUGGUUUGCAUGCUCCUGGCGUGCUCCUGUGCACAGGCACAGGUACAUAAAGAUCCCACUCUGGACCAUCACUGGAAUCUUUGGAAGAAAACCUAUGGCAAACAAUACAAGGAAAAAAACGAGGAAGUAGCAAGGCGUCUUAUCUGGGAAAAGAAUCUAAAAUUUGUGAUGCUUCACAAUCUGGAACACUCAAUGGGAAUGCAUUCAUAUGAUCUAGGCAUGAACCAUCUGGGAGACAUGACCAGUGAAGAAGUGAUAUCUUUGAUGAGUUCCCUGAGAGUUCCCAGCCAAUGGCAGAGAAACAUCACUUACAAGUCAAACUCUAAUCAGAAAUUGCCUGAUUCUGUGGACUGGAGAGAGAAGGGGUGUGUUACUGAAGUGAAAUACCAGGGUGCUUGUGGUGCUUGUUGGGCUUUCAGCGCUGUGGGGGCCCUGGAAGCACAGCUGAAGCUGAAAACAGGAAAGCUGGUAUCCCUGAGUGCACAGAACCUGGUAGAUUGCUCAACUGAAAAAUACAGGAAUGAAGGCUGCCAUGGUGGCUUCAUGACAGAGGCUUUCCAGUAUAUUAUUGAUAACAAGGGCAUCGAUUCGGAAGCUUCCUAUCCCUACAAAGCUAUGGAUGGAAAGUGCAGGUAUGACUCAAGAAAUCGAGCUGCCACAUGUUCAAAGUAUACUGAACUUCCCUUUGGCAGCGAAGAUGCCUUGAAGGAAGCUGUGGCCAAUAAAGGACCUGUGUCUGUUGCUAUUGAUGCAAAACACUCUUCUUUCUACCUGUACAGAAGUGGUGUCUACUAUGACCCAUCCUGUACUCAGAAUGUGAAUCAUGGUGUAUUAGUGGUUGGCUAUGGUAACCUUAAUGGGAAAGACUACUGGCUUGUGAAAAACAGGAUGGAAAGUGCAGCUGGGGCCUCAACUUUGGUGAACAAGGAUAUAUUCGGAUGGCAAGAAAUAGUGGAAAUCACUGUGGGAUUGCUAGUUAUCCCUCUUACCCAGAAAUCUAGAGGAUCUCUUCAUUUUAUAACAAGUCCAAAAAAACGAAACACUUUCUCUUAACUUAAUUUUACCUGCUAUAACCUGUAGAAAUAAGUAUGUGUGGCCAGUGUAUAUUUACUGUACUAAUAGAAUAUAUUUUGACUCUUCUAUUUUUUUUAGCUUUGCAGAUAUUGGAAAAAUUUUGCUACAUAAAUUAAUAAUGCACUAUAGAUAUACCUGUAUGAGAACUGGUCAACUGAAGAAAUCUGUCAUGCUUGUUUUGUCACUCUUAUUUUACAUGCUUUGUCUUUUUAAGUUCCCGGAUACCCUUUUGUAAUAUGAUGGCAUAUAAAUGCUUAAUAAAUAUCUCUUUUCAA